AUUUCGUUUUUGUUUAACUUUUUAAAAGAUUCAAUAUCCAGCCGUGAUAACAAUAGCCCUCGAUGGGAAGAUAAAGAAAUCAUAGCCGAUAAACAAAGAUUAUUCAGAUAGCACGAGAAGUCUAAAUUUGUAACUUCUCCCAUGUCAUUUAUUUUUCGUUGUUUCAAGUCCUAUCUCAACAGCCAAACAAACAACGAGAGAUAAAACGCUCUAGUAGAAAUAAUAGACUCUUUUGAUCAUUCAUUCGUUGUUGAAUGCUGCCACGAGCGUUCCAAUACUUUUAAAACCAGCAUAGAAAAUAUCAAUGAUUUUUUUAUUGGUCGUUGGAACAUCUCUUUCUACAACCGGAUGUCGCAGAAAAGGAUAGUUCCUGCCAAUCAUCCAACAUAUCGGAUAUGGCAUAUCGGCCGGGGGAAGACGAUCCCUAAUGUCAGGAGUACACCGUCGAAUUCAUCCGCAAUGGAUCUUGAUCCUUGAUGGCUCUAGUUUCCAAUGCAGGAAGUGGCAACACAUGGUUACGCGGAGUCAUUGAACGUCUCAGUGGCUAUUUCACAGGAAGUGCCUACACUUCAAAGAAACUCUUUGUGACUGUUCACUGGAAAAGAAUGGCGAACAUUUGUUGUUCUAGAAACGAAACGAUGGCAGAAUACUACGCUGGAUCCCCAAAAUCGGACAUGGAGACCUGGACAAACGGCGGUUGGAUUGCGUCAUCAGACAUGACUUUUCCCUAUUCCAACGUAAUUCGAGCAGAUCUUUUGGAAGUAAUACGACCAUCAGGAGUGAUCCGUUCAGUUGGAUUUUAAAAGGCAUCGUUAAUCGG